AUGGAUACACCAAAUAUACAAGCAGCUGGAUCCAGACCUAACAAAUCAACAUUUGAUCAAGCACCUCAAACCAGACAAGUAAUUCAAAACAAAUCUGAUAUUUUUGGAGUCAAUACUCCCGCACCUGCCCCACAAGUAUCAAGAUAAAGUGUAAGGCCUAAAACUGAUAUUUUCAGUAAUGAAAGUCAAGCACCUAAAUAAUCUGAAGUAAGAUAAAACAAAACUUUUUAAUCUUAAAUCUUUUAAUAAGAGGCUGUUCAAAAUGCACCACCACCUGCUCGUUCAAAUCAAACAUUUGAGAAUUCGCAACAAGAAGUGAAGAGAUAUUAGAAAAAAAAUAAUGACAAUAGAUAAGUUGACCAUGGAAAAGAUUUCCUAUUUGGGAAGAGUGAUUUUGAUGAAUACAAAUCUUUAAAAAGGGCAGCCACUUUGAGUGAGUUCAAACCAAAAUUAAAUUAUGAUCCAUAAAACAGAAGAAAUAAAGAACUCUAUGGCAAUGAAAUAGCUCGUGAUCAUCUACCAACUAAGGAAGUCAAUUUGGAAACUUCAAGCCCUUAAAAACCAAAGAAAUAAUAAUAAUAGCAAUAAGAAUAGAAUCCAACCAACAGAAAAUUGAUGGAAAAUCAAUCAAGUGUUUUCGGAGAAUCCGCUAAUAAGGCUGUGAAAAACUAAAAAGUAGAAAAACUGACCGCUUCCACUUAAAAAUGGAGUACUGUAGGAGGAUAAAGCAAUAAUCAAGUGAAAGAGUUUGAUCCUGAUACAUAUGCUAAAAACAGGAAGGAAGCUGAAUUGUAAUCGAGCGUAUUUGGUGAACAGCAAGUGAAGGUUUAACCAGCUCCAAUUCCAGAAUAAUAGGAAGAAUCUUAAACAUAAUAAUCUACAUCAUAACAGCAAUAAAAAGUCUAAAAGCCUAAGGAAAGAUUAAUUCCUAAUAAUUAAACAUGGUAAUAGACUGAUUCAGUUAAAAAUAUGAGAGAUUUUGAUCCAACCUAAUCUUAAAUUAAAGAAGAUGUUGAUGCCUCUUAAAAGAAAAUGGAUGCUCUUAAGUCAGCUAUGGAUUCUCAUCAAUUUGAAGCACAAUAGAUUCCAACUAACCAAAAAAUAUCAAAUAAACAUCUUAAAUAAAAAAAAGACAUCAUCUAAAGGGAAGAAAAAUUAACCAAAGAAAAAACAACAACAAAAACAUAAGCUAAGAAGAAAUGA